AUGACGGUCGAAUUGACCACGGCAUUGGCUGAUCCAAACGCGGACGAGGAGGCAACAGACGAGACCGAGGGUGAGGCGCGGUGGCAGGGCAACGAGAAGUAUCACGGUGACGCAGGUGACGACGUUGCCCUCCUACAAGCGCUGCUGGCCUGCUUUGACGGCCCGGCAGUGUCCGGGGCUGGAGGACGGAUCCCGGAAGCAACGGUGCACACCGUUACGAUCAAGGGUCUGCAGACACAGCACCUCCACGCUGCCGGUAGCAUCACCGCCGCUGUCCCUUGGCCGAUUCCGACCUUCAGCGACGAGCCCGUCCCCACGAGCACCGUCAGCGGGGGCCUGUCGAACAAUCUCUCUUGGUACUAUCGUAACCCGCCUUUGUGGGCCGCCAACAUCCGUAGCAGAGCCGGCAGUUCCACUGCGGCCAGGACAGCCUCGGUCCUCUCCAACCCAACGGAUUCUUCGGCGGGGAAGAAGACCACGCCCAUGUGGACGAUGUUCUCGCAGGACCACUUGUCUUCGGCCGAGGGUACCAUGCGACCCGAGACGCAGCCGGGCGUUGCCUCGAAAUCUGCCCCGUCCUCCAGGUUACCGGGCACGCUUCCGGGGACGCUGUUCGACAUCUCCAAGUUUCUGACUCUGAGCACAGCUAGGUGGCCCUUCACCCAUCGACACCGGCAUGUGGGACGGCCUACACGUCCGUAA